AUGGCUAACACCAAUAAUACAAGGAUGACAACAUAUGCUCAUUUUGUUUUCCUGUUAAUUUCUUCAUGUUUGUGGCUUGCUGAUGCCUCAACAGAUACAAUCUUACCAGGACAGUUAAUCACCGAUUCCGACACCAUUGCAUCUGCAGGAAAUGUCUUUGAGUUGGGAUUCUUCAGUCCUGGGAACGGGAGCUCUACAAUGAAUUACUAUGUGGCCAUAUGCAUCAGCGCUGAUGGAAACCUCGCGAUAGAGAAGGGAAAAUUUUUGUACAUGUUGACUAACAUAUCAUCAAAUGGUAACACUAGUGCUACCCUUUUGGAUUCAGGAAAUCUUGUUUUGAGAGACGGGACAUCUGAGAUUGCUUGGAUAGAUGGGUGGAUGAAGGUAGGGUCACUUGCCCUUUGUGCAUCUAUGCUUCUUCCUCCUAACACCAAUCCAUGGAUGGUACUCAGUCUUGCCUUUGAUCUUGAACAUGAUGUUUCCAUUGUCAUCGGUGACUGCGAAGUUGCCCUCUGUUAUGGUCAGGAGCGCUUCCUCACGAUGGUUAGAUUAACUGGGUACGGUGCGCAAUAUUGUGGGCUUAUCACGGCCACUGGGUUUGCCACGCUCACUGUAGCGAUGCCGGCACUACGAUACCAGUGCUACCCUUUUGGAUUCAGGAAAUCUUGUUUUGAGAGACGGGACAUCUGGGAAAACCCUGGCCCUGGAGUUUUCUCUCUGGAAUUUGAUCCUCAAGGCACGACCAGUUCUUCAUUAAGAAGGGAUCUCAAAGGAGACGUGUCAGGAGGGUGUGUGAGGAAAGCGCCUUUACAAUGUGGCAAUGAUAGUCAAGCCAAUGGACAGAGUGACCAUGAUGGGUGUUCAAUAUGGAGUGAAGAUCUCUUUAACGUUGAACAACUGAAAGAUGAUGACCUUGAUAGGAGUGAUUUCUAUCUAAAACUUUCUGCUUCUGCGUUUCUUAGUGAAGAUUCAAGAAGGAAGAGGUGGAAAUGGUUUAUUCUAGCACUUGCAGUUUCUAUGACACUUGCUUUAUUGUAUGUUGAGGAGGAUAAAGUCGCAAAACAAAGCCCCUGUAUUUUUGACCAAGCAGGGGAGGAUUUACUGUUAUUCGAUGUUGGCACAAGUAUUGGAGCUGCCAACUGCACACUAAAUGAAGCCAGUAAGGAUCUUAUUGGUGGGAAGAAGGAAGUUGCUUUACCGUUGUUUAGUUUCACUAGUGUAUCUUCUGCUACCGAUAACUUCUCUGAUGCAAAUAAGCUUGGAGAGGCUGGUUUUGGACCUGUUUACAAGAAUACAAAGAAAAUUAAUGAGGUUCCAUAUCAGGGAAAGUUACUAAAAGGAUAUGAGGUGGCCGUGAAAAGGCUUUCAAGAAAAUCUGGACAAGGAUUGGAGGAAUUACAGAAUGAGGCUAUGCUCAUAGUAAAACUUCAACACAAGAAUCUUGUGUGGGUGAGAGGUGUGGUUAGAGGUAGUCCGGGAAGAUGGCAGGCACUUCAAUGGCCUGAGAUCACCGGAGGUGGAGAGGAGGAGGUCAAGGCAAGCUUGGAGAGGGAGAGGCUGCAGGAGUAUUGGAGCCCAAGCAAACUGUUGGACAGGUGGCUAGUUCCCCUCAACUCUGCCAGAAGUGAUAUAAGCCCUUCUGCCGUCUGUGGCUUGACGGCAGGCGGAGAGCAACGUUUCAUGGCAGGAAGAAAGUAA